CGGCGGCGGCGGCGGCGGCGGUACGCGCCUCCGCCGCCUGCGAGAGGACGUGCGGUGCGGCGGGAGGCGGCGGCGCAAGACCUGGAGCGGCAGGCGGACGCCGGGAAGCAGGACGCGGACGCCGGCGAGGAAGCGGAGCUGCGGGCAGAGGCUCCAUGUUGGGAAGCGGCGCCGCUCGUUCUCGUUAGCGGGAAUCGAUCCGGGCGCCGCGGGCAGAACCGGCGGGGCGCGGGCCCUGAGCGAAGAUGGAGGCCCCGCUGCGGCCUGUCGCGGACAUCCUGAGGCGGAACCCGCAGCAGGACUACGAGCUCGUUCAGAGGGUCGGCAGCGGCACCUACGGAGACGUCUAUAAGGCUAGAAAUAUUCAUACAGGAGAGUUGGCUGCAGUAAAAAUUAUCAAAUUGGAGCCUGGAGAUGAUUUUUCUUUGAUUCAACAAGAAAUAUUUAUGGUUAAAGAAUGUAAACAUUGCAACAUUGUUGCCUACUUUGGGAGCUAUCUCAGUCGAGAAAAACUGUGGAUUUGUAUGGAAUACUGUGGUGGCGGAUCACUUCAAGAUAUUUACCAUGUUACUGGGCCAUUAUCAGAACUGCAGAUAGCCUAUGUAUGCAGAGAAACUUUACAGGGUCUUGCCUAUUUGCAUACUAAAGGCAAAAUGCAUAGAGAUAUCAAAGGUGCAAAUAUUUUAUUGACAGAUCAUGGUGAUGUAAAAUUAGCUGACUUUGGUGUGGCUGCAAAAAUAACAGCUACCAUUGCAAAGAGAAAAUCUUUCAUUGGCACCCCUUACUGGAUGGCCCCAGAAGUUGCAGCAGUAGAAAAGAAUGGCGGCUACAACCAACUCUGUGAUAUCUGGGCAGUAGGAAUAACAGCAAUUGAACUUGGAGAGCUUCAACCACCUAUGUUUGAUCUCCAUCCAAUGAGGGCCCUCUUCUUAAUGUCAAAAAGUAAUUUUCAGCCUCCAAAACUAAAGGACAAAACAAAAUGGUCAUCAACAUUCCAUAAUUUUGUCAAAAUAGCACUAACCAAAAACCCCAAAAAAAGACCAACUGCUGAAAGACUUCUGACUCAUACAUUUGUAGGGCAGCCAGGUCUCUCUAGGGCCCUCGCAGUUGAACUGCUAGACAAAGUGAAUAAUCCAGACAACCAUGCACACUACACUGAAGGAGAUGAUGAUGACUUUGAGCCCCAUGCAAUCAUUCGUCAUACCAUUAGAUCUACAAACAGGAAUGCCAGAGCUGAACGGACAGCUUCAGAAAUAAAUUUUGACAAAUUACAGUUCGAACCUCCUCUGAGAAAAGAAACAGAAGCACGGGAUGAAAUGGGAGUGUCAUCAGACCCAAACUUUGUAUUACAAUGGAAUCCUUUUGUUGAUGGUGCAAAUACUGGCAAAUCAACCUCAAAACGUGCAAUACCACCUCCCCUACCUCCUAAGCCAAGGAUAAACAGCUACCCUGAAGACAACCUCCUAGAUGAAGAAAAAUCAUCAACUGUAAAACGUUGCCCUGAUUCAGAGAACAGAGCUCCCCAGUUUCUCAGAAGACAGAGUAGCCCAAGUUGUGGUCCUGUAGCUGAGACUUCCUCUAUUGGUAUGGCUAGCAGUGUCAGCAGUCCUGGAGUGCAUACAGCUAGAUACUGUGAUCUGGGAGAUGGUGAUGGUAUUUCAAAACUAAUUAGUGAAAAUACAGAAGGAUCAGCACAAGCACCCCAGUUACCACGGAAAAAGGACAAGCGAGAUUUCCCGAAACCAGCCAUCAAUGGCCUUCCACCCACUCCAAAAGUGCUGAUGGGAGCAUGUUUUUCCAAAGUUUUUGAUGGCUGCCCUUUGAAAAUUAAUUGUGCAACAUCUUGGAUACAUCCUGAUACAAAAGAUCAGUACAUUAUUUUUGGAACUGAAGAUGGUAUUUACACAUUGAAUCUCAAUGAGCUACAUGAGGCAACGAUGGAACAGUUAUUUCCACGGAAAUGUACUUGGCUCUAUGUUAUCAAUAAUACUUUAAUGUCAUUAUCAGGAAAAACCUUUCAACUCUACUCUCAUAAUCUUAUAGCUUUGUUUGAACAAGCCAAAAAACCAGGAUUAGCUGCCCAUAUUCAAACUCAUAGGUUUCCAGACCGCAUACUACCAAGAAAGUUUGCUUUAACAACAAAGAUUCCUGAUACAAAAGGCUGCCACAAAUGUUGCAUAGUCAGAAACCCUUACACAGGACAUAAAUACCUCUGUGGAGCUUUACAGUCUGGAAUUGUUUUACUCCAGUGGUAUGAGCCUAUGCAGAAGUUCAUGUUGAUAAAGCACUUUGAUUUUCCUUUGCCAAGUCCUUUGAAUGUUUUUGAAAUGCUGGUAAUACCAGAACAGGAAUACCCUAUGGUCUGUGUAGCUAUUAGCAAGGGCACCGAGUCAAAUCAGGUCGUUCAGUUUGAGACAAUCAAUUUGAACUCUGCAUCUUCAUGGUUUACAGAAAUUGGCGCAGGCAGUCAACAGCUGGAUUCCAUUCAUGUAACACAGUUGGAGAGAGAUACCGUUUUAGUGUGUUUAGAUAAAUUUGUAAAAAUAGUAAAUCUACAAGGAAAACUAAAAUCAAGUAAGAAACUGGCCUCUGAGCUAAGUUUUGAUUUUCGCAUUGAAUCUGUAGUAUGCCUUCAAGAUAGUGUGUUGGCUUUCUGGAAACAUGGAAUGCAGGGUAAAAGCUUCAAGUCAGAUGAGGUUACCCAGGAAAUUUCAGACGAAACAAGAGUUUUCCGCUUAUUGGGAUCAGACAGGGUUGUCGUUUUGGAAAGUAGGCCAACAGAAAAUCCUACUGCACACAGCAAUCUGUACAUCUUGGCUGGACAUGAGAAUAGUUACUAAACACCAAAACUAUCUCCAGUGACAGGAAAAUGAGUAUACUCCAUUGAAAGCAAAACUCUCUUAAGUUCAGUACAAACUACACUAGGAUUUACUUUAGCUCUUAAUGGGUUCUAUCUCAAGUGAUCCGUACUUUAAGGUGGAAUUCAAUAUUUCUGUAGCUGGAAACAGCGAUUCUAUCUUGCCACUGUGUGGUGGUUAUAUCAAGUUUGCUUAAUAAAAGCUAUGAGACAAAUAGUCCUCUAGUUCCAGGAAACACAGUCUUUUUAAAAAAAAAUAAUGUUUGUAACAAGGGUGCCAUGAUAUUUUUAGAUAACAGCUCACGUGAUUAUCUUCAGAAAGAUAAAUGUAGUGACAGUUUUCUUGUUUUAUACCAUGUUUGAUUCCUUCUUAAUGAACAUAAUUUGAUAAAGAAAUUAUCAAAGAAGCCUUUCACUUUUACAUUGGCCAUUCUGUAUGUUUUUGUAAAAUAGAAUAUUUAAUCCUUAUUUAUUAAUCUCUUGCUGGAGUGGUGUAAUGUAUGUAACUUAGCAGAGGAGGGUUUCAGAGCAGCUUAAUUUUUUUUAUAAUGUAUAAAAAUUUUGUUUACCUUCCAAGAGUAGUACUUUGAGGGGUUAAAGGCAGAGUGUUUGGGUUCAGUACAUACAUGCAGUUUUACUUAAUACAAGUAUUUUAUAAUACAGUAUCAUCCAGAAUCGCCUUAAAAGGGAGUUUUGUGUUUUCAAUUAUAGAUAGUUGCAGGGGGUCAUACAGAAGAUACUGAUAAUGGCUGAAGUAUUGUUAAAGGGGUAUGUAUGUCUAGAUGUGACUACCAUGUGUAUGUAUUCUCGACAAGCAGUAUAAUAUACCUGUGAUUUUUUUUUACAUUAGGGAUAAUGCAUAAUAAAUUAAUAUUCAUAUAUAUUAUCAUCCCGAAUGUAAGGGGGGAUGUAUUUAACUGCCCAUGAUAUGUAUUUUACUUAUACUGUACCACAGGGGAGACUGUAAAGCAGCUACAUGUGUAAUCUUGGGUUUUUUCACAUAUGUAGGUAUUCAUUUUGAGUAGGUUUAAGAAAAAAAAUAUUUAAAUGAAAUUGAAUUCCUGAUGGGAUAGUAUAAAUAAGUAUUAUAAAAACCAGUAUUCUGAAAAUAAGAAAGGAUAGGGCCAUUUUUGAGUUUGCUUCUCUUUUGCUAUUGUUAGUACUCAGAGUUGAAGUGUCACGUUGGUACCUGUUGUCCUAACACAUUUACUGAGAACAGCUAGCAUUGAGAUCAUGAACAAGAGGCUAGCAAUAGCAAACUAUAGAUUACUUCAGCAGUUACUUGAGAAGAAAACAGUAGAACGAUCUCAUUCAGUCUUUACCAGCUCUGUAAAAUAGGGAGUGUUAUCAUCUCCAUUUUCCAGAUGAGGAAAUAAGCGUUUAGCAAAGUUAAGAGACUUACCCAGUUCACACAGCAAGUUGGUGGUUGAGCCAGACCGUGAGUCUUGUGACUCUGUUCUUUUCACUAUGCAAUACGCAAACAAUAAAAUGUUAUGCAAAUAAAAUAUAAAGUAAAUUUUCUUUUAAAAUGCA